AUGAAGGUACGUUGUCGUCUCUCCUUGCGCCAGUCUUCCCCUGCACACCUGUCCCUCCGCUCGACCCACGCAUGGUCGUCCUUUCGACUCCAUAUACGCCUGCCACCCAAGACCCCCACCCUCGACCCCUCGACCCCUUCCACUGUCGACCUUAUCGAUCCUCCUGUCCUUGCACAUUCAUUCCUUCCCCUCCUCACAUAUAUUUCACAUUUUCAGUCAUUCUGCCCGCCCUCUCUCGUUCUGCGUUAUUAUAGAGACCCCAUGCGCACUCGACCUCUCGCCUAUUUGCCUGCUCGAAGUGCUCUGAUGCUACGCCCUCGUUUUGUCGUCCCCGCCGGCUCCCCUCUCGCUCCCCAGAUCAAUUCCCACGCUCAUGCCAAAGGAAUUGCGAUAUCCGCAGGGAAGCGAGCGCAUUCCAGUCCGUGUGCGCCGCGCCGCACUCUGCCUCAAGCGGAAGCUGCAAAGACGCGGUGCGCAUCGCGUUCCAGAAGACUCAUCUUCCAGCCCCUCCAUCUCUCCCCACGUCUCUACCCCUCCCACUGCCCUUGCCUGUACGCGUCGGUGAUGCUUGGCAUCAAACAAUCCACAGCGGACGAGUUGCGCAAGAUACACGGCCCGCGCACGCCUCGAUCCAGGCUGCCGCAGACUACACACCUGCCCUUAGCACGUUCUGCAACAUCACAAAUGACUCCGAGCAUGCAUAGGGAAAACAGAACGCAAGUGAGUGCUGGACAUGUUCGAGCGCCACGAGAAGUACAUCCCGCACAUGCACACAGCACACCUUGUCUAUCAGGAACGUCACCGCACUGCGACGCAGCGUCAAGUGGGAGCAGCUAG